GUGCAUGUACAUGAAAUUUAUUAAGCAUAGAUUACUCAUAUAUUUUCACAUGUAUGCGCUUUCCCUUCUGCACGGCACUCUGCUGCCACAAAAAGGGGGGGGGGAUGAAAAAAUUAGGCCCCCUACCAAAUCGAAAUCGUAAAGGAAAAAUAAAAACAAAUUACGAAUUUGCACCACCACUGCCGUUAUCGCCAAAGUUUGCAUAUCUCUAAUUAUUUUUUUUUUUUUUUUUUUUUUUUUUCGUACUCCAUGAUGAAAUUAAAAAACGAAAUGUUAAAGGGCACGUAUCUCUAUACUAUUAAUUAACACUGACAUAAUAGAAAAACAUAACAAAAGCGUAAUUAAUUUCCCCACGAGAGGAUAUGCAUAUACGCUUACAUAAUAAGUGAGUGUACGUACAUGUAAUUGUUAUUUAUAUGUAUGUAUCCUCUGAACUCGUGCGGUUUACCCCAUUUCUGUAUACAAUUCUUGCACCCUCUUCGCCAAGUUACGUGGUGGUAACUUUUAGCAGUUCCCGCCCCUCCCCUAAAGGUCAAGGAGAAGGUCCACCACGAAAGGGAGCCAUCCACGGGGAAUGUACAUCACGUGCGUGUGCAUGGUUAUACAUACAUAUGUAUAUAUAUAUAGAUAUAUGUGCGUGUUUAUGUAGGACUACCAGCUAGUAGCCCCUCCAACGAAGCAGUAGCAGCACGCGUCGCAGCGAAUCGUGCCAACCGUUUUCGCAAACAGGGAAAGGAACGAACGGAGAGACGUAUUCCCACCAUCUGUAAAAAGAAGAAAGAGAAGUAGAAGAAAAAACGCAUGUCGAGAUAUUCAAAAUAAAGGCCCAUUUUUACAAAAUUUGAAAAGCUCUUUUGUGGAAGUUUCUUAAACGAUUCGCAUAUCUUGACCAGCCUGUCAUAAGAGAAGAGCAAAACUGGUUCCCCUUUUUUUUAUGUUCGCUCGUUACCGAAAAGGUAGAGGAAAUUGUGCCAGUCAAUUUGCAACUUUUCCCCUCCUACGUGCCUCCCCACACGCUGCACAUGUCCUACCAAUUGUGCACAUAUGUGUAUGCAUAAGGUAAGAUAGGAAAAGGCAGUUCAUACUACAGGACAGUUAGCAGACCCAGACGCAUAUUCAAGAGGAAGAGGCCAAAAUGAAUCUCAGCGACUCGAACAAAGACCUCAACGAUUCCAAGUCAGAUAAAAGUACGUCGUGGGUAAAAUGGUUCAACAGUAGAGCCUUCAGCAAUUUCCUAGUCGAGGUAGAUAAUGAGUACAUUACAGAUUCUUUUAAUUUAUACGGCUUAAAAUCGGAGAUGCCCAAUUUUAACCAUUUAUUGUCCAUAGUAGCUGGAGAUGCCCCUGAGGAAGAUGACGCUAAGAACGCAUUUGGAAAGGAUGCCGUCUCUUUAUACUCUUUAAUCCACGCACGAUUUAUUACAACCCCUAAAGGGCUGUCAUUAAUGAAGGAUAAAUACAUCAAGGGCGAUUUUGGAAGCUGCCCAAGAGUUAGUUGCUCUCAACAUAAUGUACUUCCAAUUGGUCUGUUCGAUCAAAUUAAAAUUGCAAAAGUGCAUGUUUAUUGUCCCCUAUGUCAAGAGAUAUACAAAAUACAUGAAGAGGACAAAGUAUAUUUGGAUGGCUCCUUCUUUGGGACAUCCUUUCCUCAUAUUCUUUUGCAAACCUAUCCCUACUAUGCCACUUUGAAAACGCCUUCUUACUGCACCUCCAAAAUUUUCGGGUUCAGUGUCUACCAUAAUUUUACCAGAACGGAAUAUAAAAUUGCCAAGGGGGAAUUUGGGAAAUUGUCUAGGGAAAAUUUCCUUAAAAAAAAUCCAAAGUAUUUAAAAAAAUUAAAGAAGGAAGAAUUGCAAAUUAAGGACACCUAAACGUGGGUAAAUUUUUAACUACGAAAAUGUACGUUUAACGCCAUUGUAUUUUUUUUUCCUUCUUUUUUCCACCCGCUCCCUUCAGUGGUUAAAAAAGUGUAAUUAAAAUUUUAUUUGAUUCCCCUUUUAAAUGUACAUGUGCGUGUACCCCUUUGGGUAUGCAUAUUCAUAUGCAUAUGCAUAGGCUUAUGUAUGAACGUAUUUACAAGGGCAUACACAUACACGUCAAUCGACAAAACAUGUUACCCUCCCCCACCUGCGUGGAUGAAUCUGUCCGCAUCCAUCCCAGGCAUGUGUUUCUGUUACUCCCCUCUCCCUACAUUUUUUUUUUUAUAUAUGUUUUGUAUUAAUUGAAUAAAUAGAAAAAACGCUUAUUCCUAUUUGUAAAAAUAAACGUUAUAUUUUUUAAAGCAUAUCUGAAGUUCACCAGCAUACGCUUAUGUGCACGCUUUUGUAUUUACGU